AUGCUGCAUAUGGAAAGAAGCUUGAGGAUAGUUGCUGCACUUCGGGAGCCGGUGGAAGCACGCAUGGACGAGCUGAAAGCCGACAAAGAAACUAGGAUCGUUCAAGUCCUAGAGACAAAGAUCCAGCAGCUGGACUUGCUCAACGAGAAAAACUUUGCCAUCAUGAAGAGCUACACAGUUCACAUGAUGAAUGGAGUUUCACAGCGCACCGACUUGGUCACAUCCAAGGAACAUCGUGCAACCAUGCUGUAUGUUGCAUGCCUGUAUGGUAUAUAUGACUGCAGUACGAAAGCACUUGCCAAGAAAGGGGCCAAAGGCCACUUCAAAGACUGGGCAGAAGUACAAGGUACAAGGCUGAGAUGGCUGGCGUCGUACCUGGUGAAUGCCAUUGUUCGCUCACCGUUUUCGAGAACGCAUGAACUGAGUGUGCUCAAGGGCUUGUGGCACCAAGUCAACGGCAAAGAGUUGCCGGAGAAACCAUGCAGAAGGCCUUCCCAGUCGAGUGUGGAGUCUGCUAUGGAGGUGGAGGAUCUGCAGCACAUCGAUGCUGAGGAAGCCGAUCCGGAUUUCGAUGAUGUUUUUCAAAUCUCAGAUGAUGAAGAUGAGGAGGCAGCAGUGGCCCCAGUCGAUGGCAAGGAUAUGGAGAUGGAGGAAGCAGCGGCCCCGAUGGUUGCCCAGCAAGAAAUGGUGCUGGAGGAAGCACCUGGCCCAGUGGAGACCCAGGCUGUGGAGCCUUCGGCCGAUGAAGGAUGUGUGGUCAUUGACAGUGACAUCGAUGAUCAUGAGUCUGACGAGGCUGUGGAUUCAAUGACUGGUUCCAGUUAUGAGGGCGUGGAUGCCAACAAGGCUGUGGUUUCAGUGACUGCUUCCAGUCAUGAGGGAGUCGAUGCCGACAUGGAUGGGGCUUUGGAUUCAGUGACUGCUCCAUGUCAUGAGAGAGUCGAUGCCGAGAUUGAUCGGGCAGAUGCAACCAAUCGAAAAGCCAACGAUGCUCACCUGGCUUCGGUGCCCUGCAAGCAUUUCAUGUGGGAGUGGCGCGAGAAGUACCAGCAAUCGGAGUCCGAGGCCGAGGAAAUGCCAGCUGCAGACCCGGGCCCUCGCAACCUCAAGAGGAAGCUGGAGAAUGACCUCAAUGAUGCAGAUGAUGUCGAUGAGCAGCAACCGCCACCGAAGGAUCCGGAUGCUGACACCCUCGACUGCACACGGGUAAGCAAUGGUGCCCACAAGGACAGGCAGCCCCUGAUCGACCCGACGACGAUCCUACCACUUCCUGCCGGGAUUGUGCAGCCGAUGCCUCCGCGUGACAACGGUGAUAACUUCGUUGGCCUUCGAAGCAAGCAGGCUGGUGUUCGACAGAUGAACCGGGAGGAGCAAGCUGAGAUCACUCUACAGAAGGCUAACAAGCGCAAGAGGGCUGCACCUGCAAAAGAGCUGGGAAAUGAGGGGUCCGACCCGGCAAAAGAGCUGGGAAGUGAGCGGUCUGCCCCGGCAAAAGAGCUGGGAAGUGAGGGGUCUGCCCCGGCAAAAGAGCUGGGAAGUGAGGGGUCUGCCGCGGCAAAAGAGCUGGGAAGUGAGGGGUCCGCCACGGCCCCGGCAAAAGAGCUGGGAAGUGAGGGGUCCGCCACGGCCCCGGCCACAGAGCUGGGAAGUGAGGGGUCCACUCCGGCCCCGGCUGUGCCGAAGGCAGCAGUUGCGAAGAAGAAGGUCAUCGAUCAUGCGAAGAAAGCUUCGCAACUUGCAAAGGCACGUGCACAAGCAGCAACUUUGGAGGAGCACGAGGAUCUUCAGGAUUGCCGACCUAGUUCAGCCAAAGACAACCCUGAAUUCUCCUGGGCAAGCUUCGAUCAAGUGAGCUUGGACUGCAAACAGCUAGAUUCGUACAUUGUGGAUCGUGCAAUUGCAACAUAUUCUGCUGGAGUGGUUGACAGCCAAGAUCAUCGCCGGCUGGACAGCGCAGCCCACGCCUGGUAUUGGAGCCGGUUGCAUUUCAUCGACUAUGUGGUCAGCAACAUCCCAAAGGCCCUGUAUCCGAUAUUCUACACAGUUCCCGAAUGUAUCUUGCCCACCGAUAGGCAGGAGUUUGACAUCGAGAAACGUGGUGUCGAGAAUGACAUCCUGAGUGUAACGGGCCUGGCCGUGGCCGUGAAAUAUGUCCUCCAGUUGAAGCCUGGAGCAUUGUUGUAUUGCGCAGUGCCGUGUGCCAGCUACAGCUUCAUGUCCUCAAGCCGACAUAGGAGGACCCUGGAUAAUCCAUUGGGGGAUAUCUCCUCUUCCUGGGUUCGGGGCCAAAACACUUUGGCUUGUCGUGUGGCUUUGUUGGUGCUCUUGGCUUUGGUUCGACGAGUCCACAUCUUCAUCGAGCACCCUUCUAGCUCAUUACUGCCACAUCUUCCUUGGUUCUGCGACAUUGCAAGCCUGAACUCAAAGCUCUUCAACUUGAAGUUCUUCCAGAUCAAAUGGUGCCAUGGCUGA